AUGGAGUUUCCAAACCAAGCAAUAUCAGAAGGGUCUUCUCAGAAGAAAACGGGAAGAGGGAAAAUAGAAAUCAAACGGAUCGAGAACACAACGAAUAGGCAAGUUACCUUCUGCAAGCGCCGCAACGGGUUGCUCAAGAAAGCUUAUGAAUUGUCUGUUUUGUGCGAUGCUGAAGUUGCUCUUGUUGUCUUCUCAAGCCGUGGCCGUCUCUAUGAGUAUGCCAACAACAGUGUUAGAGGAACUAUCGAAAGGUACAAGAAAGCAUGUGCUGCUUCCUCAAAUGCAGAAUCUGUAUCCGAGGCUAAUACACAGUUUUAUCAGCAGGAAUCAUCCAAAUUAAAAAGACAAAUCAGAGACAUUCAGAAUCUAAACAGGCAUAUCCUUGGUGAAGCUCUUAGCUCUCUGAGUCUAAAAGAACUAAAGAAUCUUGAAAGUAGAUUGGAGAAAGGUUUAAGCAGAGUUAGAUCCAGAAAGCACGAAACACUGUUUGCCGAUAUCGAGUUCAUGCAAAAGCGGGUAAAGGAAAUAGAGCUGCAAAACCAUAAUAAUUUUCUGCGAGCUAAGAUAGCUGAACACGAGAGAGCACAGCAGCAACCACAACAACAGCCGAAUUUGAUGCCGGGAAAUGUGUGCGAGUCCAUACCUUCACAGUCAUAUGACAGGAAUUUCUUCCCUGUAAAUCUCAUAGAUUCCAAUCAUCAUUAUUCACGCCAAGACCAGACUGCUCUACAACUUGUGUAA